AUGACUGAAUCAUCUGGAGGACAGGCUGGAACUGAUGGGGGUGGAACCAUCUCGAAUCAGCUUGCGCUGUUAGUGCCUUCGUUUGAUCCUGCAAGUGACAAUGUGGACAUUUGGUCCAGCAAGGUUCACCUACUGCUUGAAGCAUGGCCCCAGACCAAAAUCCUGGAGCUCAUCACCCGACUGAUCCUCAACACAAAGGGAUCAGCCUACCAGAAGCUUCAUUUGCAUCAAAAGGACCUCUUGGUGAAUGACCGUAAAGGGGUUCAGAAACUGGUGGAAUUGGUUGGGGGCACCUGGGGACAGAUUCCCCUUGAGCAUCGUUUUGAGUUGGUGGAAAAGGCCUUGUAUCGAUGUCAGCAGAAGCCUGACGAGACAGGUGACAGUUUCAUCGCCCGUGUUGAUGUGGUUUGGACUGAGCUUUUGACCAAGGACGUUGACAUGGAUCAGAUUCGAUCGUAUGUUUUGCUUCGUGGCAGCCGCCUUUCAGCUGAAGACAAAAAGCGCGUGUUGGUGGAGUCCGGAGCUGAACAAAUUGGACAGAAACUGGAAUGGAAGAAGGUCGUAGCAGCCAUACGCAUGUUAGGUUCAUCUUUCUUUCAAGACUACACGGGUGCCAAACGAGAAAAGAACAUGAAAACCUAUGACCAUUUGGCUUUCAAUGUUGAUGAAGUAGAAGAGGAUGAAGAACAUGACACGUAUUGGACUGUUGAUGAUCCACUGGAUGAUGAAACCUUAGCACAGUUAGCCGAUGACAAUGAUGAAGAUGCUGCUAUGGUGGUACAGUUUGCGGACGCAGUGACAGAAGCAGUGCAGAGUGAUGCAGACCUAGCUGCCUACUUUUCCUCAUAUCAGGAGGCACGUCGCCGCCUGACAGAACGUGCCAAAUUCAGAGGAUUUUGGCUCGUGAGAAAAGGAGGGAAAAGUGGGGGCAAGAAAGGUUUUGGAAAAGGAGGCGGAAAAGGAAAGAAUGAACUGAGCAUUCGUGCCAACCACCGUGAGUACAACAAGUCGCAGAAGAAGCAGAUCUCUCGAGAGGUCGUGAGUGCCAUGACUCUGGAAGAGUUAGCCAGCGAGAAGAUCACCUUCGGAGAGUCAAAGAAGGGUAUGACCUAUGCUCAGGCGUUCGAGGAGGUUUGGGAAGAUGUCAUGCCCACGGACGGCUCAGAUCCAGCCGACCUGAUGCACCUGCCCUUCAUUCAGGAGGAGAUGCAAGAUCUACGACAGAGCAACCAGCAUCUGCCCAAUCGAAUGGGACAAGUCGAGAUGAUGAUGCACGAGAUGCUGGAGCACAUGAAGAAGAUGCAGGUGAAAUCCGAGAACUGA